GAUUUGAUUGCUGUUACUGAAAGUGGGCUGGGUUGACCCAGAGACCGUAACACACUAAAAAUCUAUCUGUCUAGUCUAUCUAGACUCGUUUCUUAUUUUCUUUCUUUAAUUUUGGCAUAGAGAUCUAGCUCUAAAUCUUAAUAUAAACUUACAAAAAUGUCAGCCAGAGGGGGAAAAAAGAAGCAAAAAGUUUUGUCUCGAUCAGCACGAGCAGGUGUAUUAUUUCCAGUUGCCCGAAUGCUAAGGUAUUUACGAAAAGACACACAUCACCUUCGUAUCGGAGCCGGUUCACCAGUUUACAUGGCUGCAGUCAUUGAAUACCUUGUUGCUGAGAUUCUAGAAUUGGCAGGCAAUGCAGCAAAAGAGUUCAAAAGGGGACGAAUCACACCUCGUCAUAUUUUGCUUGCUAUAGCAAAUGAUGAUGAGCUACAUCAGCUUCUGAAACAUGUCACAAUAGCUCAAGGUGGGGUUGUUCCCAAAAUUCAUGCAGCUCUGAUAGGCCCCUCUAGAGGUAAACAUUCAGCUGUAUCUACAUCACCCUCAGCUUCUGGUGUCAGUUCACCAUCAAAACUAAAGGCAGCCACAAAAGCUAUAGCUAAAAAGAUUAAAGCCUCAACUUCGCCUGUCGUCAAUAAUGUCUCUGUAUUUAAAGGAAAGCCUAAGAAGGCUGAUUCCAUUCCUGAUGGAAGUGGUGGUUUUUUGACUCUAUCAGAGAAGAAACUGUUCCUAGGGCAAAAGCUUACAGUGAUGCAGGGUGAUAUUGUCAAAAUGGUAGCUGAUGCAAUAGUUCAUCCAACAAAUUCAACUUACCAUUUAGGCGGUGAAGUAGGUCAAGCCAUAUUAAAAGCAGGAGGCAAAGAAUUUCAACAAGAAAUCGAUUCUCUAUUGAAAAAUCAGGGAUCCAUCGCAACAGCUGAAGCUACCAUUUGUCCUGCCCAUAAUGUCCCAGCCAAAUUUGUUAUCAACUGUAAUGGGCCUACUUGGAAGACUGACAAUGCUCAGGCACUACUAGAUAAGUCCAUCAAGAGCUGUCUUCAAAUAGCAAAUGAGAAAGGGCUUAAGAGUGUGGCCAUUCCUUCACUUGGGAGUGGCCGUGCUGGCUUCCCAAAACAAACAGCAGCUCAAAUCAUCCUAGCCUCUAUCAGAGAUUAUUUCUCCAAUGCUAAAACAACAUCCCUUAAACAGAUCUACUUUGUACUCUUUGAUGCUGAAAGUGUGAAUGUCUACACCACAGAACUAGCUCGUCUUGAUGGCUGAUUACAUCAUCUCCGCUGUUAUUCCUCUUCCUAGUGUUCCUCGCUGUGUUUUUUUCGUUGUUGUUGUUAAUAUGUAGAAGAAAAAUCCAUUUCAAAGUGUAAGCAACUUGUUCUUAUGAUGGAUGCAGGAAAAUUAUGUGACUGAGAUGUUCAUUAGUUGCAGGAAAAGUCAGAUGAAACCAAUGUAGAAUGAUAGUGUAAUCCUUCCAUCUAUGUUGCUCUGCCUUAAAGAGAGACUUGUACAUUGAUAACGCACAAUAUUGACACAUUAUGACCACACAAUAUUGUUUAAGACCAUGGCAGAUUAGUUAAACAUUAGAUUUUUUUUGGCAACUAAUUCAAUCUUUGACCAUAUAUCAUCCUGGUGAGCAAAAACUGCCAUUAUUUGUAAUAUUUUUAACAAAUUUUACAUUUGCACCAAAACUUAUACUUAUUAUUGUUUUUGUUUUGUAGUUUUUUUUUUGUUUUUUUCUUACUUGUGUUACUGGUAUACCUUGUAACACAACUUUCCAAUAUAUUAAAGAAGGGGGCAUAAUUUCAUAUAUAUAUAUAUAUAUUUCAUUAGUACUUUGUUGUCAUACAAAUAGAAAGCUUAGUGAAUGUAGUGAGGUUAUUAUUUAGCUGUUGAUGUUUUCAAGAUGUUUGUAAGUUUCUGAGAUAGUGAUAUGAAUGGCAUAAUGAUCUUAUAGGCAGCAAAGUGUUAAAAUAAACAAACAAACAACCCCUUGAUUAUUAUAAAUAUCUACAACUUUCAUUCCCAUUGUCCAUUUUAAUCAUAUACUAUGAUUAUCUGAGUUCAUUCAAUGUCUUAUAAUGUUUAUGCAAGAAGAGUGAGUUUUGUCAGUACUAUGAUAAAAUUAUGUACUAUAUAAAUAAUGAAGUGGAUAUGAAAUUCAGCAUUCAGCUCACUCCUAGGUAUAUACCUUGCCUAAAAAUGUAUAUUAAAGCUAAAAUAAGUUUAUUGAAAAUAAGUUUAUUGAGCAGGCAUUAAAUAUGAAGGAAAUAUGCCUAGGCAAUCUGUAGAGUUAUAAUGUUCUAAAUUUCAUGCUUUUCUGGAUAACAUAAACACAGGCAGAACAAAUAAUUGAUUACAUAUAUAUAUAUAUGCUUAUGUAUACCUACCUAGCCUACAUACCUCUUUGAUAUACACCAAAGACGUUCAUACAAACUGAUGUGAUCAGAUAGACAAUUUUGUUUUCAAUGCUUGGCACAUUUAAUUUGCAUUACUUAGUUGCUUGUGUACAUGUUAGCAUUAGUUGGGGGGGAAAUGUGAAUGUGCAUUGUAAAUGUGUGCAUAUGAACAGCAGUAUAAACAGAGACAAAAUGUCAUGUUUUAUAUGUUUUAUUGGUUAACAUUAAUUACAAAAUGAAUGUAUUUUGUUUGAAUUGUGAUCCACUAUUGUCUUAUAAAUUAGUUUCAUGUGAUUGGUAUAUUUUUCAUUUCUACACAAAACAUUUGCCAUUUUUUUAUUUUCAUCUUUUUUUGUGAUUUCUUGUUGAUAAAUGUAGAAACUUUCUGGAUCCCCAGAAAGUUUCUUGGGCUGUGUCACUUUUGCUUAUCAGUAAUAAAGAUUUUUUUUUUCAAUUUCUA